ACCACCAAACUGUCAAAAACCGUUCCAUCUCGUCUGCGAAAAUUUUUGUCAUCAUCCGAUCUUAUUUUUUCCUCCGAAAUUUGCCGUGAAAAUUCCAUGAUUUCCCCGGUUCCUUCGUCGUCGUCGUCGUGGUCCGUGUCCCCGGUGUAGAGUGGUGUCGCGUCCGGAAUUCGGCGUGGGUGUGUACGUCGUCAAUGUGUUUUUCGUGCUGCCGCAAAAUCGCUGCUGCUGGCCACGGAGGAACAAAAGUGAAAUUUUCCAAGUGAUAAGAGCCCGCGAGAGAGAGUGGAGGAGGUGGCCUCGAAAAAAAAUUGCUUUCUGGUGCUGAUUAAUUGACGGAACGGGGCGGAACGCCGAGCAUCGAGGAAACAGCCAAGAUGACACUGGACGCGGCCGUGCUGCCCUCGGAGCUGGUGACGACGGCCCAGCCGCUGGUGGGUUUGUCCGGGCUGGACGUCCAGCGGAACACGACCCACAAGACGAUCUGGGAUGCGUUCAACAACAGCAAGAAACCGGAGAGCGAAUCCAUCCAGUACAAGCUGCUUCCGGCGAGCUACGAGUUUCCGGUGUCCAAACCCAAGCACCAAUCGUACGAAUGGUACCACCCGAAGGGCAUCCUGAAGCGCAACUGGAUGCUCAAGCACCUGCACGUCCUGCCGGCGGUGGUUGUCCUCUUCCAGGACCUCGAGUGGAACGAUCCGCAGUGGAGCGACCGGCAGCUGCAGUGUGCGUCGAUGAUUUCCACGCUGAAGAACUCACUCCAGGGAAGGAAUACGCGGUUGGCUGUGGUGCUGCUGCAGAAGGGAUCGCCGGCGGCGCAAGGGGAAGAUCUGUUGGCGUCCGAGCGGGCGGCACAUCUGACGAGUACGUGUGAUAUCAGUGCGAAGAUGUUGUUUGUGCUUCCCCACAAUGACCACCUGAUGGGGCACAUUUUGCGACUGCAGUCGGCGUUCCUGGAGUUGGCCCAGUCGUACUACACGCAGAUGAUGAAGCAGAUUCGGUUGCACCGGGAUCAGCUGACGGAUUCGCAUCAGAUUUUGAAGAUUCGGCACCAGUUUAAGCUGGGGUUCGUGUCGGAGCUGAAGCUGGACCAGUCGAGUGCGUUGCGACAUUACAGGCAGACGUACGCGAACUUGGACGAGAUUCGGAUCGUCGAUACGAACUGUUUGGAGGUGAAAACUAUUGCCGGGUUUGUGAAUUACAAGAUUUGUCGGUUGUUCUUCAAGUUGAACGCGCCGAAGGACUCGAUUUCGCACUUCAAGAACCACAUCAGCAAGUACCGAAACAGGACUGGAUUUAAGGAGCUGUUGUUUGAGCAUUACGCCUGGUUGAGCGUUCAGUACAGUGCGUUCGGAGAGUUGUUUUGCGACGCGGUCAAGAACGGGCUGGCUCCGCUGCAGACGCAACAUCCGGGAAUUUACUUCCACAAGGCGGCCGAGUUCAUCGGGAAGCGAAAGGAGGCGUUCCUGCAGUGUACGGCGCUGGGACCGGCCGACGGUAAGGAGGUUGCACCCUGCUCCAACUCCGCCCUGUACAGUGACUUCUUCGGCAUCCGAGGCACCAAAACGGGCGAACCCGUGUCCGAGCAGCAAAUCAUCUGCCUCGUUCAGGACAACGAAAAGUCGUACAACCACUCGACGGCCGUCAUCACCCUGCUUGGUCAAGCCAUGGCCCAGUACAAGGUGUACAAGUGUCUGCGCUUCCGCAAGAAACUCGCCAUCGACAUGGCCGAAGAGUACCUCAAAAGUGGCGACCACUCGAAAGCCCUCACCCUGUACUCGCUCAUGCUGUCCGACUAUCGCGUCGACAAGUGGUUCACGAUCUUCACCGAGGUGCUGCUGAAGACACUCCGCUCGGCAUACCUCUCCGCGUCCGUUCCAGACUUUGUCGCGUGCAGCAUCGAAGCCCUUUCGCCGCGAAUCGCCAUGGAAAAGUCCGACCGAAUUCUCAUCCUCGAAAACCUCUGGAAAGUGUUCCACAACGUGUCCCCCGUCUCGAGCAGUCAAAUCGCCCCAGAACUGUCCGCCAGCUGGCAAACUUCCCUCGCCGCCUUCGCCAGCCCCAUCAAACUCGACCUCGACCGGCUCAACGACCUGCUCGAGUGCAAAGUCACCUUCGAGCAGCGCCAAAUCAAAAACGACGAAAAACUGCACCUCCAGCUCUACAUCCGCUCGAUCGUCGAAGUCCCCCUCAAACUGAAAAACUUCUCCAUCCUCCUGUCCGACCUCAAGUCCAACUCCGUGCGCGUCCCCGCCACCCAGUACGGCGAGUUCGAAGACCCCCAAAACGCCCUCAAACCCAUCGAGGAGUUCAUCCUGGAACCGCAAAAGUGCUACCGCAUCGUCUUCGUCGGCGAACGCUACCAGUUCAUGGAGAACGUCGACGUGCACAUCUUCCGGCUCGAGCUGCAGAUGGGUUCCGAUCGCACGUACGCCGUCCUCUCCGCCCGGGAAAAACUCAACGUCCAGCGCGUCUUCAAGCUGCUCAACCCGCACCAGGACUGCAUGGAACGCAUCCGGACGGGCGGCGCGACCUCCUGUUACAUCAUUCCGACGUUUGCGCUGAGCGCCCAAACCAAGCAGAGCGCCCAGCCGAUGCUGACGAACGAGUUCUACCGCGUCACCACCAAGAUCUCCAACAACUCGGACCUCUGCCUGCAGAACGUGGGCGUGAGCGUGAGCGUGCCGCAAACGUUGCGGAAUAGUGUCUUCCUAACAACCGACCUGGACGACGGCGGGACGGCAUCGCAGCUGCAGAAGAUCAACUCGUGCGUCCAGAUCGACAUCGGCGAGCUGCAGAUGCAGUCCCAGACCGCGAUCUCGUACUACGUGACCAGCCUCGUCGAGGGCAACAUCGAGCUGCGCCAGCGACUGUACUACCAAACGGAGAACCUGCACCAGACGAAGGCGGCGUCGUCGUCCUCCUCCUGCGCGAUGGAUUCGCCCUCGACGCCCAACAGCGAAAAGGAAGAUCUGGCCAAGCUGCUGGCCACCGAGCAGCUGCGGAAUGGUGGCGGAGCGGGAGGUUGUCAAAAGUUCAGCAAUAGUCAUAACGUAAGGAUCGAGAACUUGAACGACGAGUUGGUGCGGAAGAUCAAGGAGGAUACGGUGGUGGUGCCGUGCGUGGAGGAGGUCAAGCUGAGCGGGCGGUUCUACACGUUGAGUCGGCAGCCGCUGGCGAGGGCGUACAAGAGAGAGGACUUUAUAUUGAGGGUGAACAUGGAGGUGAAGGCGCCGGACGGGGUGGACAUUCUGGAGACGCAGUUUAUCAGUGAUCACAACCUGGUGGAGAAGCCGUACCGGGGCCAGCAGCGGAUCGCCGGAACCCGGUUACGGGUCAACAGUCGCUUCGAGGACCUGCGGCUGCUGAACCCGGUCAACACGAGUCGCGAGUGGAUCACGCAGAACGACUAUCUGAACAACGACGUCCAGCUGACGUUCAACCGGGGCCGGACGCCUGAUCUUCAAAGUUCUAACUCGACCACCCGACAACCCCAGGACGAACAACCCUUCAACCGCAGUCUGCUGGCCAAGCUGCCGACGAACGCGACCAUUAUUGGUAGCACCAACGCAAACCUUACGAACCAACUGAACCUUCCACUAACAAGCAAUUCCCCCCAACAAAACGCUGCCGCUGGAUCGCCCGUUCCGCCCGCAGCCGGGAUGAUGGUCUCGUCGACGGGAAGUGCGGAAGAUUUCAAGGUGCGUCCGCUUCCGGCAACCGGAGCAGCGGCCACUGGUGGAGAUCAGCAAAAGGACGACUUUAGCAAGGCGCUGCAGAUGCAGGUGAAGAACGUGUACAACCGCGCGAUCGACUGUGUCCAGCUGACCAACAACGAGCGGAACGGGUUCGUGAAUGCGACCGUCAGUAGUAACGGUGGAAACGGCAGUAGAGGGCGGAGCGUGGAACCGGGAGGUGGUGGGAGCGAGGCGGCGGCCGGUGAGAGGACGGUUGUCUUUGGAGUUUACUGUGUGCGGUGGUGUCGAAGCAGUACGCCCAACGUAGUCAACGAGUCAAAAUUUGUGAUUAACGGGAUCGCAGAAGUGAUCGACCCACCGCUCAACAUCUACUGCUACCUGGAGGAGAAGAUGUACGUGCGCGUUCCGAUGACGCUGCGAAUCACGCUGAAGAACCCAACGCGGAAGAUCCUGCACCUGCAGGCGCUGCUCAACAGCUCCGACAGCUUCAUGUUCUCCGGCCAUCGGCAGCUCAACGUGACCAUCUUCGCCUUCUCGUCGUACGACCUGCUGUUCAACCUGUACCCGCUCAAGGCCGGCUGGCAACCGCUGCCGGAGCUGCAGCUCGAGUACGUGAACCACCAUCAGCUGUCCGCUACGGUGGCAGCAGCGGCAGCGACCACAAAGGACGUUAAGGCAACUCCGGCGCCAAGUGAAACGUCCGACCAGGUGGACCAGGCCGGCAACGAAAGUCACGAGGCGCAGCUGAAGGCCGAACUGGACGCGCUGGUCAAGCGGUGGAUGCCCAAAGCGGUGUUUAUUCAUCCACCAACGCGAAACUGAAGCCAAAACUUGCAAAAUCGAAAGAAACAACAAUAGAGCCUUAUCAAAAAAUUACCGUGCGUGUGUGACAGAGAGAGAUAGAGCGAGAGUGCCGUUUCUUCCUCUUCCAUUAAAAGUAUAGUAGAGUUGCGUUGCGUUCGUAGAUUAUGCUAAUCGAAUCAAAUUUGGUGCAACGAACAGGCAGAAGUUCCGCGCCGUUUCAUUCGUUCGAAACGUCGCGCGUGUUGUAGAAAAAGGGGAUUUUUAAAACUAACUAUUACUCUGUAUUAUACUUUAUUCUUUAGUAGGAGUAUUCAAAUCGAUAAAAAGGAGAAAUUUGACAAACUAGAAUGUUGAGAACUGGUCAGGUUUAGGUAAGCAAAUUGAUAGAAAGCGAGAGCAUGUGUAAUAUUAUGGAUUAAGUGGAAACGAGACAAACGGAGGAUAGAACCAAGAUUGUGUUGACUUUGGUGUUUGAUUAUAUCAAGAACAGAUAGGUGAAACCAACAGAGCUAGGCAAGUGUUGAGCGGAAGACGCGCGUUUGUGUGUGUGCUUGCGGACACACUUGUACGUUACGCAAUAUUAUUUAUUGAUUUAAAUA